GUGGAGGUCCUUCCCGCCUCCUCCAUUUUAAAUUUUGGCCGUGAUCCCUGUCGACAUUUCCCGAUGCAGGCCCCCGAAACCCUGCAAACGAGAAUGACGGCGUGAUAAAUUGUAAGACUUCUAGAAAAGCAACGGAAAACACCCUUGGUUUCCGUCCUCCUGGUCGUACAGCCUCGCCAUUCUCGGUGGUAUUUAAUUGAAUCCCAUGCCCAUGCUUGUCCUCUGCAGUCCCGAGUCGCAUGUGUCUGCACAACAUUGGCCGCCGGUUAUGGAAACGUGCAUAGAUCCAUCCACAAAUGGCCAAACAUAAAACCUGACCACCAUAGGCUCGUUUGGAGGCGCGCUGGGCUGCGAACACCUGUACAUACAUAACAAGACAAGCCCAAUCGCCGUCUUGCCAUGGCUGCUCCAUCUGCCCCAUAUUGGGGUCAGCUCCCCAGCUCCAAGUCGGGUCAGACGAAAGCUCGCCGUCCGCCUGACCAUCUCAGCUCGACACCUGACCGCCGACCAUCAUUGGAUGGUGACCAACCUCCGCAAAGACAAAACCGUAUCUCAGUCCAGACUACAAAUACCGAUGCGCCCACCGAAUCUACCCUAAGCCCCUUUACGUCGCCGACCCGUUCGAGCUUCCUUCCUCAGGGCCUAGCUCCACGACCACCGUCGCUUCCAUACGGCGCAGACCAAUAUCCGCCCGAGUUCGCAGAGAAUCGCCGACGGCGACGGAGCCGGAAUCAGGAGAACGAGAACGACUACGACUACGACUACGCCGACGCCGCUCCCCCACCAGCCGCCCCAGAAGUUCCUAAAGCUCCCCCCGUGAGCUAUAAGCAUCCUUAUGGGACCGGUGGUCCUCCUUAUCCCUAUCCGGCAGCUGGAGGGCCGCCUCGGUCGACUAGGGGCAGGCCAGACGGGCCUGUAAGCCCUUCCACAAUGGAUGGGAAAUACAGCCAGGUUCCAGCUGUCGACCGGCAAGGUGAUGUUCAUGUUCCGGGUCAAUCUGGGGAUGCGGUGAAUGGACGCCGGGCAAGCACAUCUAGCACCGAUCCUGCUCACCAGCCUAGGAGGUUUCCGCUUGGACAACAGCAGUCAGGUCGCAGAAAGUUCGCAGAUGAGCGCUCGCCUCUUCAAAGGCUGGAGCUGACGCUCGGUAGCAUCACCAAGGAAGAGAAACGCGCCCGAGUCGAAGCCGCCGAACAAGCAGCACGGGAGAGAGCCACGCAGGAACGGGCGGGGCCGCAAGCAGACAGGUCCCCAGAACAGGACAAACAAGUUCGGUUUAGUGAUCGAGUCCCGAAUCUUCCCGCCGAGGAGCAGAGGCCACGAGCAACGAGCACUACGGCGGCGGCACAAGUUAGCCCUGCGACCCAGAAAGGGCGAGUAGUGCAGAAUCCGCCGGGAGAAGGAAACAGAUAUAAUGUGAAGGCAGGGAGGCCGCAUCAGAAUGAAGUGCCUGAAUCCCGAAUACCGGUACCAGUACCGGUACCGUCAAAAGCGCAGGCUGCAGGCAUUCCUCAACGCAACCUUAGCUUUCGUGAGCGGGCUGCAAAGAACGAUGUCAAGCUGCCCAGUGGAUUGGAGAGCGACUCUCCAGCAGCGCCGUCACCAAAAACACCUGCGAAUGGGGUUCCUCUGGCGAGGAGCGGAAGUAAUAAAUUGCAGAAAAGUCCCCCCAGAGACCCUUGGCUUAACCAGAAGAUGGCAGCGGAAAAGUAUAUCACCGGGGCAAGGGGGACAACCGGCGCCGCAGCCGGAGCCGGAGCUCAAAGCUCUAGCGGGGUGGCAUCACGCACCAGGGGGCCAGAUCCAACUGAAUCUGCAUCUCCACCUGAGAACAGAACCCCUCCUUCCGAACGGGAAGUCGGUCCGUCACCGGCGGUUGCGCGGCUCUCCAAAGCGCCGAGCCAGAGCAAGGCCGACCGAUUACUGGGUCGGACUCCGUCGCAGAGCACCCCGACUACCCCGACCGCCCCUGACCAAGGCCACGGUCGCGGAACCGCUGCCCUUGCCGUGGGGGCUGCCGGCGCAACUGCCGGCGCAGCUGCUGCUGCCGCAGGUGCUCAUCAUCAGGCUAGGAGAGAGGCAAGAAGUGAUAGCGAUAGUGACGAUGAUCACCGUCGCCAUCUCUCGGACCGGAUAUAUCGUGGCCGGGAGGAUCUGAAGCCUGGACAGGGCAUAUACCAGCCGCCGACGUACUUGGACGAGUGGCAACACGCAACGAUUGGCACGCUAUCGGGUGCCCUGCUCGAUCUUAACGAAGAACUGCCACCGUCGGUGGAGAAGGUGGAGAAGGAUAAGACCUGGUGGGAGCGGCGGCCAUCGGCGUCAUCCACGAGACGGCCAAGCAUGUCAAGUCGACCAAGAACGGCGGAAGCCUUUGCCGGCGAGUAUGACGAUACAAAUGGUCCGACUAGAUUCAGACCGCUGCUCUACUUAAAGUGCGGACCGUUACUGCGGUUCUGCGGGAUCCGCAAGGAGCGUGUGCGGUCAUCGCAGAAUGGAGUGGUUUCCGAGAGAGAGAUCUGGAGAGGAACAGUAAUGAUCGUGACCGAAGAUGCGGGCUCCUCGUAUGAUAUCGCGCCUACGCUGCGGCUGUUUGCCCAACCGAUCGAGCUCCUCCCACCUCCGCCUGCUGAAAUACGCGGCGAGGAGGCGCUGGCCCCUGAAUAUGUCGACCCCAUCGCAGGACAUCCUAAGCUAGGUCGCAAAGGCGAAACCCUGUAUGUCCGGCCCGUAGAUCAUCUCGAGGAGGCCACGGACCUAUCGAGGGACGAAACGGACAGCGGCUUGUUCGAGAAGACUCGAAGCCCUCCCGACGCGCCGCUCGAAAAGGGCGCGACCGAGCCGCGGGGCUCCUUUGCCGCCCGCAUCAAGCGCGUCGAGGCCGACGGGGAAAGGGUUGGGAAGUACAAGAACAUCCGAGGCUUCAGGCUACAUUCCGAGCGAGGCUGCACUUUCUGGAGGUUCAAUAUCGAAGUCGAACUCCGAGAAAAGCAGCAGAGAAUCGCAUAUCGGAUCAACCGGGGACCGGCCACUGGAUUCUGGGUCCCUGCCAGCGGCUCAGGCAUGAACAUCAUGUUCUACAGUUGCAACGGGUUCAGUCUCGGCGUCGAGUCCGACCCGUUUAGCGGGCCGGACCCCAUGUGGCGCGACGUUCUCAAUACUCAUCAGAGCCGGCCAUUCCAUGUCAUGAUCGGCGGCGGCGACCAAGUCUACAAUGACGCUGUGACGCGCCAGACCAAAAUCUUCCAGGAUUGGCUGAUGAUCAAGAAUCCACUGAACAAGCACAAUGCGCCAUUCACCCCGGAGAUGCAGGACGAGCUGGAGAGCUUCUUCCUCGAGAGGUACUCGAUGUGGUUCUCACAGGGCCUCUUCGGCAUGGCCAAUUCGCAGAUCCCCAUGGUCAACAUGUAUGACGACCACGACACCAUCGACGGCUUUGGCUCCUAUCCCCACCACUUCAUGAGGUCGCCGGUGUUCUCGGGCCUGGGUAAUGUUGCCUUCAAGUAUUACAUGUUAUUCCAGCAUCAAAGCGUCGUCGGCGAGACCGAGGAGAGUGAGCCAAGCUGGAUUCUCGGUACUCGUCCAGGGCCGUACAUCAACGAGGUAAGCCGCUCCCUGUUCAUGUCGCUGGGAUCGAGCGUUGCCCUCCUGGCUGUCGACACACGAACCGAGCGGAUGAAGGAUGAGGUCGUCCGUGAAGAGACCUGGAAGAGGAUUAUGGACCGCUGCUACGAUGAAAUCGAAAAACGGAAACCUCAACACCUGCUCGUCCUUCUUGGAGUUCCCAUUGCGUAUCCGAGGUUGGUGUGGCUGGAGAACAUCCUGACAUCGCGCCUCAUGGACCCCAUCAAGGCCCUGGGUAAGACCGGCAUGCUUGGUGGUUUCCUGAAUAAGUUCGACGGUGGCGUCGAGCUCCUGGAUGACCUGGACGAUCAUUGGACUGCCAAAUCCCACAAGCAUGAACGACGGAUUGUGAUUGAAGAUCUGCAGGAUUUGGCCGCAGACCAGUCCAUCCGGGUCACCAUCCUGAGCGGCGAUGUCCAUCUUGCAGCAGUCGGACAGUUCUACUCCAACCCAAAGCUUGGCCUGGCCAAGCACAAGGACUUCCGAUACAUGCCUAAUGUCAUCUCAUCAGCAAUCGUCAACACGCCGCCCCCCGAUCUCCUAGCAGACGUCCUCAACAAGCGGAACAAGGUCCACCACUUCGACAAGGAGACUGAUGAGGACAUGAUUCCCGUCUUCGCCCACGGUGUCGAUGGUAGGCCUCGCAACAACAAGCGCCUCCUCCCGCACCGAAACUGGUGCUCCAUCCGGGAAUACGUCCCGGGCAGUUCCCCACCACCGAGCCCGCCGCCCUCGGAAUACGACGAGAGCCCCCUCGGCAGUCCACCGGCAACCCGCCCCGGCCCCGGCGGGCUCCUGCGCCGCCUCUCCAAGUCCCACCGCGGCCCGACAUUCCACGGCCCAGACGGCACGGCCCCCCAGCGCCAGAACUCCCGCCCGCCGGUGUCGGGCGGCAUAUUUCGGGCCUUCUCCCGCUCGCGCCGCGCACCGCCAGGCGACGACCCCGGCGGUGGCAGGCUCGCCAGCACCCAGUCCCUGGGCCGCGGCGGCGGCGGCGGGGAGGGGGAGGGUGGCGGCAUGCUGGGCGGCCUCUUCCGGCGGCUCAGCUCGUCCCGGGGGCGGGCCGGCGGCGGCAGGCCCGACGACGGCGGCAUCAACGGACACUGGGGGGACGACAGCGACGGGGAGCUGGACAGAGACGGAGACGGAGACAGGGACCCGACCCCGCCGCCCAGUCCGCCGAGAAUGGGCCUGCGCGGCGGCGCGGGCGAGCCGCCGGCGCAGGAGUUCGAGCAGGGCGACGAGGACUACUUCUCUGUGCGGGUCCCGCAGCGGUCGAAGACGAUCGGCGCGAGGUCGGGCCGCCCGGUCCCGGGACCGGCACCUGGAAAUGCACCCGAAGACGACGGUGGUCGCCGCAGUCCUGAAUUCGAGCCCAGGCCGUUCCACCGCACGCCGACGGGCCUGUCGACGAAGCAGAUGAAGCAGGGGCGCGACCUCGAAGUCAACCUCGAGGGCGGCCUCGAGGUCUGCCUGAACGUCGAGGUCAACCAGCGGGACCCGGCGGGCAUCUCUGUGCCGUACCGCCUGCUUGUGCCCAGGCUGUGGUACGAGGGCGAGGAGGAGAAGCCUGUUAAGCAGGGGGCGGCGCAGGGCGUCAAGCGGUGGUUUAGCCUCAAGAGGGGGCCGUCGGUUUCGGGCGGUGGGGGAGACUGAUUUGGGCCCUGAGAUUCACUGGGAUGGGUUUGUAUGGAUGGAAUAGGAAGAUGCACAUAGAUGGAUAUCAUUGAGGGUCGUCCUUUCAUGACUG